UUUCUCUAGAAAAGUGUUACCUUUAGCUACCCAGAAACACCAGAAUUUUCAACCACUCUUGAUGCCAGGUAUUUCUAAAUUGAACAGCUACUUUAAAACAAAUGCCAAGUUGCACUUUCUUCCCUUCUAAUAAUUUCUUUUUGCCCACCAAAUGAUCAUGACAUAAUACUCAUCAUCAUAUGCAGUAUUUAAUUAAGAAAAAUUCGGAGAAACAGACAAAAGAGCACCAUUGAUUAAUCAAAGAAAAGAAGAAACAUGAAACGCAAAGCCACCAUUUGCAUGUUCUUACAUAACAUACAUUCGUCAAUGUCUAAAGUAAGAGCCUUAAAAGACAGUCCAAGUCAACCAAAGGUAGCCCGCCAACCAUCUAUCCAUUCAUAACCAGUCUAUCAUGUCUAACCACUCUUCUUCUUGUAUGCCUUUUCACACCCGACUCUCUCUCCUCCUUCUCCUCCUCCUCCUCCACCAACACCACUACCAAUGCUUCCACCAACCAGCACCACCACCUUCUCUCUGUCUAUAACCAUCAUCACCUUUCUUUUCUUCGGCGACUUCACGACGUCGUUUGCUUCCGAUGAUACUUUACCCUACUGUAACCAGACUUAUUCAUGUGGAAAUCUUACAAACAUAUACUACCCUUUCUCCGGCGGCCCACGUCCGGCUUACUGCGGUCUACCUGGGUCCCAACUCACCUGUCUAGACAACUCCACCACUCUUAUAACGAUCAACUCAUUGAAUUACCAUGUUCUUGAAAUCAACCAAGCUAGCCAAACUAUGAUUCUUUCUCGGGCAGACCUUAACAACACUACAUGCACAAACCAACUCAUUAACACUACUUUCAAUAACACCCUUUUCUCUUUUGAUUCCAACAAUAAUGACAUCCUUUCUUUGUUUUAUGGUUGCAACGACUCUGUCAUGUCAUACAAGCCACCAAACCUGUUCACUUGUGAAGUAUAUGGGAAGAAGGACGCUUAUUAUUUGUUUGGUCCAGUUCCAAAUGAUCCUUUAUUGAACAUUUUUAACUGCAGCGUUACUCUUAGGUUGCCAAUUCUUAAGACUUUAGUACCGCUUCUUGAGAGUAAUAGGUCUUUACUUGGAGAUAUUUUAAGGGAAGGAUUUAAUGUGAGUUACCGUAAUCCUUUUGCUGAUGAUUGUGAUAAGUGUAAUUAUUCUGGUGGGUAUUGUGGGUUUGAAUUAAGCUCAGGAAGACCCCUAUGCAUUUGUAAUGAUGAUCGGCCUUGUCCAGGGAGCAAAUCUAAAUCAGUUUCGCUUGGAAUAGGAGUUGGAAUAGCCGGUGCAGUAGUCAUUGGUAUUGGUUUAGGAUGCUGGAUCUUUCUUUAUGUACAACGAAAAAAAAGAAUAGCAGCACAAACAAAAAAUAAAGACUUGCCUACACCUCCUUCCAGCAAAAGCCAACCUGCUCCUGUAAUUAAUUUCUCUCAGACCACACCUUCUUAUUCCUCUUCAAAGUCCGAUCUCGAAAAGGGAAGUACGUAUUUCGGAACUAAGGUUUUCAGCUAUGAAGAACUUGUGGAAGCCACUGACAAUUUCGAUCCUUCCAAGGAACUUGGAGACGGAGGCUUUGGCACUGUUUACUAUGGUAUUCUCAGUGAUGGGCGUGUCGUUGCUGUCAAGCGCUUAUUCGAAAACAACAUGAAGCGAGCAGAGCAGUUCAUGAAUGAAAUUGAGAUCCUAACUCGCUUACGCCACAAGAACCUUGUGACAUUAUACGGAUGCACCUCUAAACGUAGCAGAGAAUUAGUACUUGUAUAUGAGUAUAUUCCUAAUGGUACCCUCGCUGAUCAUAUUCAUGGAAACAGAUCAAAAUCUGGUUUGCUUACUUGGAAAGUUCGGUUGAGCAUUGCAAUUGAGACAGCAGAUGCACUUGCUUACCUUCAUGCUUCAGAUGUUAUACACCGUGACGUCAAAACCAACAACAUUCUACUAGACAACAACUUCCGUGUAAAAGUUGCUGAUUUCGGAUUGUCAAGGUUGUUCCCCAUUGAUUGCACCCAUGUUUCAACUGCUCCACAAGGCACUCCUGGCUAUGUUGAUCCUGAGUAUUAUCAAUGCUACCAACUCACCGACAAGAGUGAUGUUUACAGCUUUGGAGUCGUCUUGGUUGAGCUAAUAUCGUCCUUACAAGCAGUAGACACCAACAGGCAUCGGCUUGACAUCAAUUUGGCUAACAUGGCUGUCAACAAAAUCCAAAAUCAUGCAAUAAACGAGUUGGUAGAUCCAAUGCUGGGGUACGACAAGGAUUACGCAGUAAGGAAAAUGACAACGUCGGUCGCGGAAUUGGCUUUCCGAUGCCUGCAGCAGGAAAAAGAUAUGAGGCCUACUAUGGCAGAAGUUUUAGAAGCUCUAAAGAAAAUUGAGAGUGAAGAUUACGGAUCAGAGAAAACUGAAGCAUUGGAUAUUAAGGAGGACGAUGUUGUGCUCUUGAAUCAUGUUGCUCCAUUUUCGCCAGACGAAUCAGUCACAACUGAUAAAUGGGUUAGCAGCUCUUCUAUUACUACUACUACUACUUCCUUCUAGCAGCUGAGAUUGAGACUGUCUCUGCCUAUUUUGGCUUAAAAUCUGAAAUUGGUAGUUGAAGUGUGUCUGUACACUCACUAUCAGAUAUCAUUUUAUUUUUAGUGAAUUGGAAGUAUCAAAUAUCUUUUGGUUUGAUUGGUGUUGCUUGUCACUAAUACAAACUAAGUUUAGGCAAUAUGUACAUAUCCAUCAGCCGAAAUGUUGUUCAUAAAUGGAAUGUACUUGUACCUCUA